ACUAUAUUGUUAAAAUUUCCAUCAUGUUCUACCUUUGGUGUUCGUAGUAGUUAGUUGUUCUGAUACGUUUAAAUUUAUCUUCUUGUUCGUUUUGGGUUUAGAAAUUAUCUAAGAUAAAGCUUCGUAACUGUUCUUUUUUUUUAAAUAAUGGAUUUCGUAGAACUCCUGACUUUACAAAACAGAUGUCUUAAAGUUAUUAUAGGAGAGUUAGAUCGCUUUUGUCAUGUUUUUAAUACCACUAAGGAUGCCACAUUGAAGAGAAAUUUCGAAUUUUUGCAAAGAUGUUAUUCAAAUGAAAUCCUGCAAGUCUUAUCAGGAGCAAAUGCUGUUGAGAAAGAAUACUUUCCCUUGUUGAUUAACAAAUAUUUGAAAGAAUUUAAUCUAUCCAUUCUGGAUGGAGUUGAUGGAGAAACUGUUACUCGAAUGAUUGCUGAAAUUGGAGAGGGACUUGUGAAAGUAUCCUUCAAAACUCACAGAAGUCUUUUUAAAAACCCUCCAAUUGAAAAUAUUUUACCACAUUUGAAAAAUGUCACAACAUUAAGCAUGGAAGACGUUUGUGAUGAUGAAGCGUUGAAAAAUAUCGCAAAACAUUGUCCUUAUGUGGUUGAUUUGAAUAUUGCUGACAGUUCUAUUACGAGUGAAGGUUUGAUGGAAUAUUUGUGCCAGAAGAAUGAACAAAAUGAAGUUCCAAAUCCAAAUCUUAGAAAAUUAAAUCUUAAUAAUACAGAUGUUAGUGAUGAAGUUACUGAAUUAAUACUUCAGAGCUUUCCUCAUUUAGAAGUAUUGGACGCCCCGAGUAUGCCAUGUAUUUUGCACAAAAUACACCAAAAGGACAUUGAUCAGAACACUACUUCUAAUUUGAAGAAGUAUAAAUUGAAGCAUUUAGAUGUAAUACUCUGUACACAUGUAAAAUCUUCACUUGAACUUUUUAAGUUUUAUGCUUUGUUAUGUCCUGAUGUGAGGGUUCUUACAGUUGUUGUUCAUAAUGUUGGCCAAUUAAAUGCAUUAUCCAAUUUUAAAAAACUGAACAUCCUAAAUUUGCAUCAUGAUGAGCUCUUUCCAAAUCCUUCUGUAAAUAAUUUCCUGAACAAUGUAGGUACAGGAUUAACAGUCCUACACCUCAAUGAAUUUGGUCUUUCCAUUGAAGUGCUUAUAAAAAGCUGUCCAGUUUUGGAAGAGUUGCAUAUGAAGGAUGUAUUAUUCCUGCCUGUUGUUGAAACUUGCACAGACAAGUUGAAAUUCUUGAAGGGAUUUUAUUUGGAAGGUGCUAAUUUCAUUGAAGUAGCAACAUCAAAAUCUGUGCGAGCUCUUAUUUUAUCUGCACCUAAAUUACAGAAGAUUUGCUUUUGUUGUUGUUCAUAUUUCUCAGAGGAACUAAAUCAAGCGAUUCGAUACUGCUGUAUUCAUAGCAAUUUUAAAGAGGUAUACUUUUCGCACUCAGAAUGUGACUAUGACAUACUGCAAUUUAUUCUCUUAUGUUGUAGAACAUUGAAAGUACUUCGUGUUACAAAUCCUAAAAUUGAUCCUGACAGUUUCAUGCCAGAAGGUUUCGAAAAAUUGGCUGACAUUGCGUCAAGUUUGAGGAAUAAACCAAAAUUUGACUGUGACAGUUCUGAAAGCGACUUUGACUCCAAUAGUGAUCUUCCUGAGGUGUUUAAUCUCUAUGAUGAGCUUGAUGCGUUUAACUAUAUUGGUGGUGAUUAUGAUGACUUUGAUGAUGAUGAGGAGGACAGUGAUGACUUUUAAUAGUCUUCCUUUUUUGAUAUUUUUUUUUUGUUAUGAAUAUAUACUCUGUUGCUUUUCUUUUUCAUAAUUAAUAUUGAAAUAAAUAUUUUUCUUCUUUUGA